AUGGAUCAAAAUCCUUGCAAUAGUUGCGGUAAAACAGUGACAGACGAUGAGAAUCACCCUUGCUUCCGUCACAAGAAAUUUGACUACAGGAAUUCACUACAACGGCCAGUAGAAUCGGAUAAACACCAUGACGAAGUAAAAGACAAAUCUAUGGAGAAUUCAAAUGACAAUACUCGGUGUUUAAGUGGAGAUGCUGGACAAAACAAAAAUAAAAAACCUGAGUUCAUGAAUUUGUCGCUUUUUCAAAAUAAUGAAAUAGCUAAUUCGGUUUCCUCAAAGGACAACAGCUGUACGACUUUUUCAGAGAAUUUCAUUAAUGAACAACUAACGAAUUCUUGUGAUAGUUCAUAUUAUGAUCCCAUUUCAGAUGUUCAGAUGACUGAAGUCCAAACUAAUGAAAAUGAAUCUGUCACGACUUUUGCAGAAAAUGAUGAAUCUCGUUACAGACUUGAAAAUGACCAAAGCGAAACUUUUGAAAAAACUAUAGUUGUCACCGGAUCAAGUGGUGUCGACAUACAAAAACAAGAGCUAUUAGGUGCAUCAGACUUGAUAUAUGCUACAACUGAUGAAGAAUGUAAAAUGUCUCUUGAAGGCAGCAAAUGGCAGACUUUGAAAAAAGAUAAAAAUUAUUUUAUGGAUGCUCUAGAAUAUGUUAUCAUAAAUGCUCUUUCAGAUAAUAAUAAUAUUUCUGGAUCUGCGAAUUCGACUGUGAAUCCUGAUCUGCCACCAGGAAGUAACGAGUCAAAAAAUGGCAAAAGGAAAUUAGCAGAGAAUGUAAAUGAUGAAAAUAUUUCACUACAAAUGUAUUAUCAGAGCCACAAUAAGAACGAGAAAAUGUCUGCCGACGAGAAGGAACCAAUUUCUUCCAAGAAAGCAGACGAUGCUGUGGCUGGGCCUUCCGGAUUCUGUCCUCGUAAAAAGAAAUUUCCUGAGACCUUCAGUAGGAAAGAUACUCUUGAAACGCAUUAUCGAACAGGCACUGGCGACAAGCCCUUCAUGUGCAAUGUAUGUAAGAAAAAAUUCUCUUGGAAAUCACAUCUCGACCAACAUUAUCUAACCCACACAGGUGAAAGACCUUUCGUGUGCGACUUCUGUGAAAAAGGUUUUACUCGAAAGGGUGAUCUGAAUAUACAUGUUAUGACUCACACUGGCGAAAGACCUUUCGUAUGCGACUUCUGUGAAAAAGGUUUUACUCGAAAGUGUGAUCUUAAUAUACAUGUUAUGACUCACACCGGUGACAAACCUUUCGUGUGUGAUGUUUGUAAUAAAGCUUUCGCUCGAAAGUCUACUCUUAAAACACAUGCUCGUACCCACACUGGAGAAAGGCCUUAUAAAUGCCCAAUUUGUGGAGUGGCUUUCUCGUCCAGCAGCGAUUGUAACAGGCAUCGGAGGAGAAUGCAUUAG